AUGGUCCUCACAGAGACCACAGGACUGGGUGGUCCUCACAGAGACCAGAGGACUGGGUGGUCCUCACAGAGACCAGAGGACUGGGUGGUCCUCACAGAGACCAGAGGACUGGGUGGUCCUCACAGAGACCACAGGACUGGGUGGUCCUCACAGAGACCAGAGGACUGGGUGGUCCUCACAGAGACCAGAGGACUGGGUGGUCCUCACAGAGACCAGAGGACUGGGUGGUCCUCACAGAGACCAGAGGACUGGGUGGUCCUCACAGAGACCACAGGACUGGGUGGUCCUCACAGAGACCAGAGGACUGGGUUGUCCUCACAGAGACCACAGGACUGGGUGGUCCUCACAGAGACCAGAGGACUGGGUGGUCCUCACAGAGACCAGAGGACUGGGUGGACCUCACAGAGACCAGAGGACUGGGUGGUCCUCACAGAGACCAGAGGACUGGGUGGUCCUCACAGAGACCAGAGGACUGGGUGGUCCUCACAGAGACCAGAGGACUGGGUGGUCCUCACAGAGACCAGAGGACUGGGUUGUCCUCACAGAGACCACAGGACUGGGUGGUCCUCACAGAGACCAGAGGACUGGGUGGUCCUCACAGAGACCAGAGGACUGGGUGUUCUCCUCUGCUCCUCAGUUCUCCUGCUCCUCAGUUCUCCUGCUCCUCCGUUCUCCUCUGCUCCUCAGUUCUCCUGCUCCUCAGUUCUCCUCUGCUCCUCAGUUCUCCUCUGCUCCUCAGUUCUCCUGCUCCUCAGUUCUCCUCUGCUCCUCAGUUCUCCUCUGCUCCUCAGUUCUCUUGCUCCUCAGUUCUCCUGCUCCUCAGUUCUCCUGCUCCUCAGUUCUCCUCUGCUCCUCAGUUCUCCUCUGCUCCUCAGUUCUCCUGCUCCUCAGUUCUCCUGCUCCUCAGUUCUCCUGCUCCUCAGUUCUGCUCUGCUCCUCAGUUCUCCUGCUCAUCAGUUCUCCUGCUCCUCAGUUCUCCUCUGCUCCUCAGUUCUCCUCUGCUCCUCAGUUCUCUUGCUCCUCAGUUCUCCUCUGGUCCUCAGUUCUCCUCUGCUCCUCAGUUCUCCUGCUCCUCAGUUCUCCUGCUCCUCAGUUCUCCUCUGCUCCUCAGUUCUCCUCUGCUCCUCAGUUCUCCUCUGCUCCUCAGUUCUCCUGCUCCUCAGUUCUCCUCUGCUCUUCAGUUCUCCUCUGCUCCUCAGUUCUCCUCUGCUCCUCAGUUCUCCUCUGCUCCUCAGUUCUCCUGCUCCUCAGUUCUCCUCUGCUCCUCAGUUCUCCUGCUCCUCAGUUCUCCUCUGCUCCUCAGUUCUCCUGCUCCUCAGUUCUCCUGCUCCUCAGUUCUCCUCUGCUCCUCAGUUCUCCUGCUCCUCAGUUCUCCUGCUCCUCAGUUCUCCUGCUCCUCAGUUCUCCUCUGCUCCUCAGUUCUCCUCUGCUCCUCAGUUCUCCUCUGCUCCUCAGUUCUCCUGCUCCUCAGUUCUCCUGCUCCUCAGUUCUCCUCUGCUCCUCAGUUCUCCUGCUCCUCAGUUCUCCUGCUCCUCAGUUCUCCUCUGCUCCUCAGUUCUCCUCUGCCCCUCAGUUCUCCUGCUCCUCAGUUCUCCUGCUCCUCAGUUCUCCUCUGCUCCUCAGUUCUCCUCUGCUCCUCAGUUCUCCUGUCCUCAGUUCUCCUACUCCUCAGUUCUCCUCUGCUCCUCAGUUCUCCUGCUCCUCAGUUCUCCUGCUCCUCAGUUCUCCUCUGCUCCUCAGUUCUCCUCUGCUCCUCAGUUCUCCUCUGCUCCUCAGUUCUCCUCAGUUCUCCUCUGCUCCUCAGUUCUCCUGCUCCUCAGUUCUCCUCUGCUCCUCAGUUCUCCUCUGCUCCUCAGUUCUCCUCUGCUCCUCAGUUCUCCUGCUCCUCAGUUCUCCUCUGCUCCUCAGUUCUCCUGCUCCUCCGUUCUCCUCUGCUCCUCAGUUCUCCUCUGCUCCUCAGUUCUCCUCUGCUCCUCAGUUCUCCUGCUCCUCAGUUCUCCUCCUCUUCAGUUCUCCUCUGCUCCUCAGUUCUCCUGCUCCUCAGUUCUCCUCCUCUUCAGUUCUCCUCUGCUCCUCAGUUCUCCUCUGCUCCUCAGUUCUCCUCUGCUCCUCAGUUCUCCUGCUCCUCAGUUCUCCUGCUCCUCAGUUCUCCUCUGCUCCUCAGUUCUCCUGCUCCUCAGUUCUCCUCUGCUCCUCAGUUCUCCCGUUCCUCAGUUCUCCUGCUCCUCAGUUCUCCUGCUCCUCAGUUCUCCUGCUCCUCAGUUCUCCUCUGCUCCUCAGUUCUCCUGCUCCUCAGUUCUCCUGCUCCUCAGUUCUCCUCUGCUCCUCAGUUUCUCCUGCUCCUCAGUUCUCCUCUGCUCCUCAGUUCUCCUGCUCCUCAGUUCUCCUGCUCCUCCGUUCUCCUGCUCCUCCGUUCUCCUGCUCCUCAGUUCUCCUCUGCUCUCAGUCUUCUCCUCAGUUCUCCUCUGCUCCUCAGUUCUCCUCUGCUCCUCAGUUCUCCUCCUCAGUUCUCCUUGCUCCUCAGUUCUCCUCUGCUCCUCAGUUCUCCUGCUCCUCAGUUCUCCUCUGCUCCUCAGUUCUCCUGCUCCUCAGUUCUCCUGCUCCUCAGUUCUCCUGCUCCUCAGUUCUCCUCUGCUCCUCAGUUCUCCUCUGCUCCUCAGUUCUCCUCUGCUCCUCAGUUCUCCUCUGCUCCUCAGUUCUCCUCUCCUCAGUUCUCCUCUGCUCCUCAGUUCUCCUCUGCUCCUCAGUUCUCCUGCUCCUCAGUUCUCCUGCUCCUCAGUUCUCCUGCUCCUCAGUUCUCCUGCUCCUCAGUUCUCCUCUGCUCCUCAGUUCUCCUGCUCCUCAGUUCUCCUCUGCUCCUCAGUUCUCCUCUGCUCCUCAGUUCUCCUCUGCUCCUCAGUUCUCCUGCUCCUCAGUUCUUCUCUGCUCCUCAGUUCUCCUGCUCCUCAGUUCUCCUGCUCCUCAGUUCUCCUGCUCCUCAGUUCUCCUGCUCCUCAGUUCUUCCUCCUCCUCAGUUCUCCUCUGCUCCUCAGUUCUCCUGCUCCUCAGUUCUCCUCUGCUCCUCAGUUCUCCUGCUCCUCAGUUCUCCUCUGCUCCUCAGUUCUCCUCUGCUCCUCAGUUCUCCUGCUCCUCAGUUCUCCUCUGCUCCUCAGUUCUCCUCUGCUCUCAGUUCUCCUGCUCCUCAGUUCUCCUCUGCUCCUCAGUUCUCCUGCUCCUCAGUUCUCCUCUGCUCCUCAGUUCUCCUCUGCUCCUCAGUUCUCCUCUGCUCCUCAGUUCUCCUCUGCUCCUCAGUUCUCCUGCUCCUCAGUUCUCCUGCUCCUCAGUUCUCCUCUGCUCCUCAGUUCUCUGCUCCUCAGUUCUCCUGCUCCUCAGUUCUCCUCUGCUCCUCAGUUCUCCUCUGCUCCUCAGUUCUCCUCUGCUCCUCAGUUCUCCUCUGCUCCUCAGUUCUCCUCUGCUCCUCAGUUCUCCUGCUCCUCAGUUCUCCUCUGCUCCUCAGUUCUCCUCUGCUCCUCAGUUCUCCUCUGCUCCUCAGUUCUCCUCUGCUCCUCAGUUCUCCUCUGCUCCUCAGUUCUCCUCUGCUCCUCAGUUCUCCUCUGCUCCUCAGUUCUCCUGCUCCUCAGUUCUCCUGCUCCUCAGUUCUCCUCUGCCUCCUCAGUUCUCCUCUGCUCCUCAGUUCUCCUCUGCUCCUCAGUUCUCCUCUGCUCCUCAGUUCUCCUCUGCUCCUCAGUUCUCCUCUGCUCCUCAGUUCUCCUCUGCUCCUCAGUUCUCUCUGCUCCUCAGUUCUUCUCUGCUCCUCAGUUCUCCUCUGCUCCUCAGUUCUCCUCUGCUCCUCAGUUCUCCUCUGCUCCUCAGUUCUCCUCUGCUCCUCCGUUCUUCUCUGCUCCUCAGUUCUCUCUGCUCCUCAGUUCUCCUCUGCUCCUCAGUUCUCCUCUGCUCCUCAGUUCUCCUCUGCUCCUCAGUUCUCCUCUGCUCCUCAGUUCUCCUCUGCUCCUCAGUUCUCCUCUGCUCCUCAGUUCUCCUCUGCUCCUCAGUUCUCCUGCUCCUCAGUUCUCCUCUGCUCCUCAGUUCUCCUCUGCUCCUCCGUUCUCCUCUGCUCCUCAGUUCUCCUCUGCUCCUCAGUUCUCCUCUGCUCCUCCGUUCUCCUCUGCUCCUCAGUUCUCCUCUGCUCCUCAGUUCUCCUCUGCUCCUCCGUUCUUCUCUGCUCCUCAGUUCUUCUCUGCUCCUCAGUUCUCCUCUGCUCCUCAGUUCUCCUCUGCUCCUCAGUUCUCCUCUGCUCCUCAGUUCUCCUCUGCUCCUCAGUUCUCCUCUGCUCCUCAGUUCUCCUGCUCCUCAGUUCUCCUCCUCCUCAGUUCUCCUCUGCUCCUCAGUUCUCCUCUGCUCCUCAGUUCUCCUGCUCCUCAGUUCUCCUCUGCUCCUCAGUUCUCCUCCUCCUCAGUUCUCCUCUGCUCCUCAGUUCUCCUCUGCUCCUCAGUUCUCCUGCUCCUCAGUUCUCCUCUGCUCCUCAGUUCUCCUCCUCCUCAGUUCUCCUGCUCCUCAGUUCUCCUCUGCUCCUCAGUUCUCUUUUGCUCCUCAGUUCAGAGGGAGGUGUUAGAAGAGGUCCUCAGCUACAGUUUCACACUAAAACAGUCAUUAUACAGUGUUUUUGUGGUGUGUCUGAACCUCCUCCAGAGUAACCACAGGCCUCGUGUGGGCAUCUCGGUGCUGUGA